CUUUAUAUGUCAGAUGCACUUGAGUUUGCCUUUGAGAUGCUCCUCCUAUGAUUCAUAGAAAUACGUGAUUAUAGAUGUGGCAUGUAUAGUUUCUGGCCCUUGUGUUGUAUAAUAUCAUGGGGCCUGACAUUUUUAUUAGCAUCAAGUCCUUGAGAAGAUACAUGCUUGCACAUUAUCUCACCCAUCACGAACGUGUUUCUCAUGUUUAUCGGGAUUAUAGCAAUUUCCACAAGAUGGGAUUGAAUGAGCCAGAAUUAUAAAUACUUAGGCUACAUUGUAUACCUCUUUUUCUGUCUCUUUUUAUUCUGCCUUCACAUUGCUGUAUUUGUACGAUAUGUUAAAGAUAAGAGAAAGGAGCCUAAUGAACAAGCAGAGAUGACUCAGAGAUUUAUAGAGUAACCCAUUGAGAAGUAUCAAAGAUUCUAUCUUAU